UAUCAAAAUAACUAAAUAAAUAAUUUUUAUUACCAAAAAAUAGUAAAUAAAUAAAUAAAUAAUACAACUCACAAGUGCUACGAGUUUGUUGGUGAAUUGGGUGAACGAACGAACGCUUCAACUGCAAAAUUUAUCGGCCAAAAAAAGAUGCGUAAUUGAAGCAGAAGAUAAAGUACGUGGAGGAGGAGAAGGUGAAAUUGGAGGGAGAGAGAGUGUGUGGUUGUGUGAUUCAUUGGUUCCUCAGGUGAAAGAUCUGAGGCUAUCGUUUUUUUGUUUCUUGGAGGGGUUCUGGUGAGAGAGAAGGUGAAAAGAUGAGUGCUUCCAAGUUCAUUAAGUGCGUAACUGUUGGGGAUGGAGCUGUGGGAAAAACAUGCUUGCUAAUUUCCUACACCAGCAACACCUUCCCAACGGAUUAUGUGCCAACUGUGUUCGACAAUUUCAGUGCAAAUGUGGUUGUCAACGGAAGCAUUGUUAACCUGGGCUUGUGGGAUACUGCUGGACAAGAAGAUUACAACAGAUUGAGACCUUUGAGUUAUCGUGGUGCCGAUGUGUUCAUAUUGGCUUUCUCUCUCAUAAGCAAGGCUAGUUAUGAGAACGUCUCCAAGAAGUGGAUUCCAGAGUUGAAGCAUUAUGCACCUGGUGUUCCCAUAAUUCUGGUUGGCACGAAGCUCGAUCUUCGGGAUGAUAAGCAGUUUUGCAUAGACCAUCCUGGUGCCGUGCCCAUUACCAAUGCUCAGGGCGAGGAGCUUAGGAAGCUGAUCAAUGCACCAGCUUACAUUGAAUGCAGUUCUAAAACACAGGAGAAUGUGAAAGCAGUGUUUGAUGCAGCCAUAAGAGUUGUGCUUCAACCACCAAAGCAGAAGAAAAAGAAGGGUAAAGGACAAAAGGCGUGUUCGAUAUUGUGAUUGGCUAGGUUUAAAGAUUUAACAGCCCUAUGUUCAACCAACCUGCAUUGUCCUGCCCCUCUUCAUUUUCAUCAAUCAUUUCUUUUGUUGUUGAAGAAGAGUAUGUGGGUGUUCGUCCGACAAAUACUCUACAUCUCCUUGAGUAUAACUUGCUUUGCUUUCUUGGAAUUAUUGUCAACUCUAAUAGUCAAAUUUGCAUUUUAUGAUUCCCACCUUUUGAUUUUAUGUAUUCAAAGACUGGAAUAUCCCACUAAGGAUAACGCCUUGUUUGCUUGGAUAUAUAUUAAUAUUUAAAUUA